UAAACAAUUGUCAGUUGUCCAGCAGUAUAAAUAGGACAAAGCUAGAGCACUCCCAAAGCCAGUACGAGUCUCUUCUGUUAACUCAACAAUGGAGGAUUUCUCUCUUCCACAGGAUUCUUUUUUCCUUGGAUUUGACAGCUCUACUCAGUCAUUGAAGGCAACUGUGUUGGACUCCAAUCUUAACAUUUUCACUUCAGAGCUAGUUCAUUUUGACUCUGAUUUGCCCCACUACAAGACCAAAGAUGGAGUUUAUAGAGAUCCCUCAGUUAAUGGAAGAAUUGUUUCACCCACCUUGAUGUGGGUGGAAGCUUUGGAUAUCAUUCUUCAAAAAUUCUCCAAAUCAAAAUUAGAUUUCUCGAAAAUUGCUGCUAUUUCUGGUAGUGGACAGCAGCAUGGUAGUGUUUAUUGGAAGAAUGGUAGUGCUGAGGUUCUAUCCUCUCUGGAUCCAAGGAAGCCAUUGGUUGAUCAGUUAGGCAGUGCCUUUUCGAUUAAUGAAUCUCCUAUAUGGAUGGAUAGCAGCACCACUGUUCAAUGUAGGGAGAUAGAGAAAGCUGUUGGUGGUGCAUUGGAGUUGUCUAAAAUUACAGGGUCACGUGCUCAUGAACGAUUUACUGGACCACAGAUUAAGAAGAUAUUUGAAACACAGAAGGAAGUUUAUGAGAAUACUGAGAAGAUUUCCCUUGUUAGCUCAUUUAUGGCAUCACUUCUGAUUGGGGAUUAUGCUUGUAUUGACGAAACUGAUGGUGCAGGGAUGAACUUGAUGGAUGUCAAGCAAAGAGCAUGGUCUAAAAUAGCUUUAGAGGCUACAGCUCCGGAUUUGGAGAAAAAACUUGGAAAGUUAGCUCCAGCCCAUGCUGUUGCAGGUCAUAUUGCUCCUUACUUUGUGGAGAGGUAUCAUUUCAAUAAGAAUUGCUUGGUCAUUCAGUGGUCAGGAGACAAUCCUAACAGUUUAGCAGGUUUGACCCUAAGCACUCCUGGAGAUCUGGCAAUUAGUCUUGGCACUAGUGACACCGUCUUUGGGAUAACUGAUGAUCCCCAGCCUAGAUUAGAGGGUCAUGUUUUUCCUAAUCCUGUGGACACAAAAGGCUAUAUGGUAAUGUUGGUAUAUAAAAAUGCUUCUCUGACUCGUGAAGAUGUGCGUAACCGCUGUGCGGAGAAAUCAUGGGAAGUUUUUGAUAAAUAUCUGGAUCAAACACCGCCUCUAAAUGGUGGCAAGAUGGGUUUCUACUACACAGAGCAUGAAAUUCUUCCUCCUCUACCAGUUGGUUUUCAUCGCUAUAUUCUUGAAAAUUUCACUGAAGAAAAUCUGAAUGGCUUCAAAGAAGUUGAAGUUAAGGAAUUUGAGGCUCCUUCUGAGGUCAGGGCAUUGAUUGAGGGCCAAUUCCUCUCAAUGCGAGCUCAUGCAGAAAGAUUUGGGAUGCCAUCUCCUCCAAAAAGAAUUAUAGCCACUGGUGGAGCAUCAGCAAAUAGAAGCAUUCUGAACUGUAUAGCAUCAAUUUUUGGCUGUGAUGUUUACACAGUACAGAGAACUGAUUCGGCUUCCCUGGGAGCUGCUUUGAGGGCUGCUCAUGGUUACCUGUGCAGCAAAAAAGGAAGCUUUGUGCCCAUCUCCAGCAUGUAUAAGGACAAGCUGGGGAAGACAUCUCUCAAUUGCAAGCUUUCUGUGACUGCUGGAGACAAAAGCCUUGUUUCUAAGUAUGGGGUGAUGCUGAAGAAAAGAAUGGAAAUAGAGAAUCGUCUUGUAGAGAAACUGGGCCGCAUUUAAAAGAUGAUGAACAAAAUCCAGAUGGCUUCAAGAAGUCUCAAGUUGCACUGAUACGGUACACAAAAGUCGAAAUAUUUGUAUGAAUGGAAACAGUACUGUAAUAACAGGAUUAUAUUUUAGAAGUAUAUAAAAUCUCUAAUAGGCUUUUUAGUUCA